UGCUCAACCCGAAAGCAGAAGCCAGGCAACCUGGAAAGUCUAUUUGCAGCCUGCUCCAAUAAUACAGCAGUCAAUGCCUGAGACGGUGUUUGAUGCGACGGAAAGAAUCAGGCCUUGUGUAUCUGCCCCAAACGGUCAAAACAACAGUUUAAUCAACCGAAUAAGACAAAGUGCCAGAAGAAAACCGCCUCCUGCCCCAUUAAGUACUGAUUUUGGAGCUGAAGAUGAUACACCGACAGACACACUUUGUGGGGUAAAUGUCAGGACUUUCAUUGUAUCAGCUUCAGAUACUCUUAGUGAAAUUGAAAGUUUGGGUGCUUUAGGAUUCUCACUUGGAAGUUGGCGUAAGAGCAGUAGUAACAAGAGCAACAAUAGAAAUUAUUCCCACCACAAAAAGAGCAUUUCCGCCUUGGCAAUGUCCACAACUUCAGCUAUUAUGGAUAGUGACUGUGGACAACAUCGUCCCGUGGGGAACAGUUCUUCCCUAGGUACACUUACAGGUCUCUAA